AUGAGAAAAGCAUCUUUCUCGUACGUUAAUCGGUGUUUAGCGGAAGUGACCAACGACGACGUUGCACUGCUGAAGGAUAAUGUAGCGCGCCAAACUUGCAGUCUUGUUCUUAGCGCUUGUGGCGGCGGCAGUGGCGGCAAAAUGUUUUUGUCGUUGGAAUCCGACAGAGAUAUGGACAGUGUGGGUGCUGGUGCCGGGGCCGGGGCCGGGGCCGGAGCCAAGACCGGAGCCAGAGCCGAAGCCGGUGCUGGCACUGGCUUUGACGGCGGCGGUGGCGGCGGCGAAAUGUCUUCGUCGUCGGAAUCUAACAGAGAUAUGGACAUUGUGGGUGCUGGCACUGGCGCUGUCGGCGGCGGUGGCGGCGGAAUGUCUUUGUCGUCGGAAUCCAAUAGAGAUAUGGACAGUGUGGGUGCUGGCGCCGGAGCCGGAGCCGGUGCUGGCGCUGGCGCUGGCGCUGGCGUCAGUGCUGGCGCCGCUGGUGCCGAUGUUGGCGUCGUUGGUGGUGCUACCUGCGAUAUGGUGCGAAGCUCGCGAAUAGUUCUGUUAAUAUGUAGCGGACGCCCAACUCUGAUGCUGUGGCGUAUUGAUGAUUUUAAGCGGUGA